AUAUUUUAUACGAGGUACACGUGAUAAAAAUGAUGUUAUUGUUAUUGUGUUUGUUCGGAUACAGUUCCGCUGUUAUAUAUCAGUUAAAUGAAACUGAUCAUGAAAAAAUGCCGAACUUAAUCCGCUUGGAUCCUUACGAAAAGUGCUUGCGGGAUCCAACAGCAUUAUACUGCACUGUCGGCAUUGAUUUAGUCUCUGAUACACCCAGUCCACUACUCAGUAUGAUUCAGGAAUACAGCGAAGACAAAUCCAAACAUUUCAACUACUCUCAUAUUUACCAAGGAAUUUGCGUAAACCAGAGAUGCCAAGGCAUAAAUUCUUCAGUCCCCCUACCAAGUUACCUAGAAUCAUGUCUAAACAGGACAUUUUGGGAGGAAUACAGAUUGAAAACUAGAACCACAAAAGAUAUAUUUUGUAACAAUAAAAAUAAUUCAGUUGAUACUGAAGAUAUUAUUGUUGCAGCGGUCUUUUUAGCUCUGAUUAUGUUUAAUGCUUUUGGAACAUUGUACGAUGUAUUGUUCACUACGGGGAAGGCUAAUGAAGGUGUAAAGCUUUUACUCUGCUUCUCCAUUAGAAGAAACUAUUUAAAGCUUGUAAAAGAUAACUACGAAGGCGAUUCCCGUGACGGGCAAUUACGAAGUCUUAAUGGAAUAAGGAGUAUAUGCAUAGGAAUGGUUAUUUUGGGGCAUUCUUUGGCUGUGUACAUAUUCGUUGAAAAUCCAAUCUAUCUUGAAAAGAUGUUUUACUCCCCAUUUACGCUGUUAAUUACAAAUGGCACACUUAUAAUGCAGGGAUUUUUCACUUUAUCUGGAUUGUUGUUGGUGUUUAAAUAUUGUAUGUAUGUGGAAAAAAAUAAAUACAGUUGGACGUUGAUCCUAAAAGGGAUACUUUUGCGAUGGUUAAGGUUAACUCCCGCGUAUGCAGUCAUUAUAGGGUUCACUGCGACUUGGAUGAGACAUUUAGGUUCGGGACCUCUAUGGGAGAUGUUUGUGAACGUUGAAGUCAUGGAUUGUCGCCGAGAUUGGUGGAGGCAUUUCAUUUACAUCAACAAUUACUUUGAGGAUUCCUACUGCAUGAUACAGUCUUGGUAUCUAGCCGCCGAUAUGCAAUUGUUUUUGCUUGGUAUCAUCGUCGUCGUAUUUUGCCGUACCAAGACGAGCAGGAUCGUCACGUUGUCUACGCUGAGCGUGGUUGGGAUCAUCGUACCAACUUUACACACCUAUUAUCAAAACUUGGAUGGAAUUAUGAUGUUAACUCCUGAGACUGCCCGUAACUACUUCAUCACCGAUGACACGUUUAACCAUGUCUACAAGCGUGGACACACCAACCUGUUCGGGUACAUCAUAGGCAUGGCCUUGGGCUACAUCCUCUAUUAUUGGAAUGACUUCGGCAUCAACCUUAAUAAAUAUAAGAAACUUCGCCCGCUGUAUUGGUGUACGGCCCCAGCUCUGAUUGCGUUAAUGUACUCCGGCAGUAUAUUCUACGGUGAUCAUCCAAGAAUGUCUCUGCUGUUCAGGACAGUGUACUCAGCACUCGUGAAACCAAUAUUCUGCUUAACAAUGGCCGUGUUUAUGCUCGGAAUGCUGCUAAAGUUUGAUAAUGUGUACAGAUCUAUAUUGGAAUGGAAAGGCUGGACGGUGCCCAGUAGGUUGUGCUACAACGUUUACCUUCUUCAUUUCCUCUUCGUUAGAUUCUAUGUAGGGAUUCAGACCAGCAUUAUGAAAGCAACAUUUUGGUUUCAAGUAAUUUUUUUCAUCGGACUGCUAACUUUCUCGUUUGUUUUUGCUUUCGUUUUCUGGAUGUUAUUGGAAGCUCCCAUGGCAGAGUUGAUGAAGACUUUAAUGAGCCCUAAAAAACGCGAAGAGGAAAAGUGUGAAGUGAAUACAGGAAAAAAUGAUAAUUAGGUUAUAAAAUUUCGUUUAAGGUUAACUACAUGACGUUUUAAACGACGCGCGUUUUUAUACCCGCGAAGUCUGCGUGUCGACUACGUGAAUCUUUUACGUAGUUUGCUGUCAGGAUAUAAAUAUAAAAAAUAUCGCAGCUAUGCAAGGCUAUUUAAGUUAAUUUGGUCUGCAGCCUUUUAAAUAUAGGUACAGUUCAGAAAGCAUUACAUUUAUCGCCCUUUUUCUUCGAGCGAAACGCGUAGUCAGCCGUUUUAUAAAGCGUCAUGUGUAUAACUAUUAUAAGCGUUUUUAGUGUUUUAACUAAAAACUGUUGUAUCGCUUUUUUGCUUAUGUUAAAUAUUUAAUUCUGAUUAGAUUAAUUACUGGUUAACAUUAUUAUUGCUGACGCAUUUUUAUGUAUUUAUGUUUUUUGACUAGACAUGUAAAUAAAAUGUAUAUUGUGGUUUGUUA